CACUUCUGAAUCUCCCUUUAAAAUUCCCUCUUCCAUGUCCCCAGCUUGGCAAUUUAGGCCCUCCUCUCUGUUUCCAAACAAAACUCAUUGCUAACUUAUGGAUACGACUUGCCUAUCCAUUUUGUUUCUUGUCCUUACUCCUGUGAUCUCUCUGGCAAAUGGGCAGCCCCUGGUUCCCGCAUUGUUCACAUUUGGGGACUCUGUCCUUGAUGUGGGGAACAACAAUCACCUCAAAACCAUUGUGAAAGCAAACUUCCUCCCUUACGGAAGAGAUUUUAUAACUCAUAAGCCCACAGGAAGGUUCUGCAAUGGAAAAAUUUCCUCAGACUUCACAGCUGAGUACCUAGGGUUUACAACUUACCCAAAAGCUUACCUCAGUGAAGCAGGAGGAGAGAACCUCUUGAUUGGAUCAAGCUUUGCCUCAGCUGCUUCUGGUUACCAUGACACAACAGCAGAGUUAUAUGAUGCUCUUUCCUUAACUCAGCAGCUGGAGUACUUCAAGGAGUAUCAAAAUAAAGUAACCGAAUUUGCUGGGAAAACCAAUGCUUCAUCGAUAAUAUCUGGUGCAAUUUACCUCGUUAGUGUAGGGAGCAAUGACUUUGUGCAAAACUAUUACAUCAAUCCUCUACUUUACAAGAAAUAUACCGUCCAUCAGUUUGCCAACAUUCUAAUCACAUCCUACAUAAAUUUCAUUGAGAAUCUAUAUUCAUUGGGAGCACGGAAGAUUGGAGUUACUACACUGCCACCACUAGGAUGUCUUCCGGCUGCCAUAACGAUCUUUGGAUCUGACAGCAACGAGUGUGUGGCUAAGCUAAACAAUGACGCAGUUUCAUUCAAUAGCAAGCUGAAUGCCACAUCUCGGAGCUUACAAACCAAGCUUCCUGGCCUCAAUCUGGUUGUCUUGGACACUUACCAACCUCUCUAUGACCUUGUCACAAAACCUGCUGAAAAUGGUUUCUUUGAGGCAAGGAAGGGCUGCUGUGGCACAGGCUUGCUUGAAACGUCAAUCUUAUGCAACACAGAAUCCGUAGGGACAUGUACCAAUGCAUCUGAAUACGUGUUCUGGGAUGGAUUCCACCCAUCAGAAGCUGCAAACAAGUUCUUGGCUGAUAAUCUGCUAACCAGUGGCAUCUCUCUCAUCUCAUAAAUCAUACACCUGAGUGUCCCAAAGUUUUUUCCUGUUCGAGGGAUUUACUUUAAUGUUGGUCGUGUGCUUUGCUUUAUUGCUUUCUUCUGUAGACAAAUAAAGUCUGAAAGAGAUAACAUGCAGAGAGUGUGCUAUCUUUGACUAUUGUCAUUCUUCAUCUAUGAAAGAAGUUGUGUAACACACUGCUGAAGACGGCCACUUGAGACCUGCUCCUCGUGACAUUAACCACAAUUUUUGGUAAAAUAUAGAAGGGGAAAUAAGUAUUAA